GGAGCUUGGAGGGACCGUAGGGGACCAUGCAGCCUCCCUCCCCGGGCAUUUGCAGAUGUGGGGAUCGGCACCGCGAGCGAUAAAUGAUUCUCCCCAGGACUCUCCUUUGUGCUGUUCUGCUGCUGCUGCUGCUUGUAUCGGUGCUGAGCAAGGGCAAGGCAAAGUGCAGCAUUGUGGAAAUCCUGCGGCAAUACCAAGCCGUGAUCUUUGAUGAGCUCCAGAACCUGAAAAACUUGACUCGAUCUGCUGAAACCCCAAGGAGGGGGAGAGCUGGCCUAGCCUGCCUCUCUAACAAGGAGCAGAAAAUCCUGCUGUCUAUCUCCACCAUGAGCAUGUCUCUCAGGGACAUGGUCAGAGGCCCCUGGAGGAAUCCUGAAGUGGUGGCUGUGAUGCAGGUGGUCAGCAACACGGAGUCUGUGACCAAACAGAACUGCAAGAAAAUCCACAAGAAGAGUCUGUCAACAGCUACAGAGAAACCGCGACCCAGAGGCCAGGGCAACAGGAGAAAGCAGCUGAAGGUGAUAGCGCGAACAGUGGAAAACUUGGUCACCUGCUGGGAGAAGCUGUUCUCUCUCCACUCAAAGGACUGGGACACAUAGGGUCAGUAGGAAGCAGGGUAUGGUGCCCUCCCCAUGGGUGCUGAGUACCUGGGAUUGUACCACCACCUCCGUACUAGCCAGUAAGCAACACUGAUUUCCUGGAAACUCCUGGCCUUCUGAUUUCUUGGUUCUGCCGUUGGGUGAAGCAGGCGGUGCUGGGGCAGGCUUU